UUGUCAAGAAUUCUUUUUCUUUCUGUUUCUGUGUCUAUGAUUAAAAUUGAUCGAAUAGAAGGAAACACAGUUUACAAAAUAAAAGUCAAAAGAAUAUCGUGGGUUUAUUGUAAUCUACUGCGAUCACAAUGGGUGAACAUUUAAAAGUCAAUCCAAAUGAUUUCACAGACUACUUACAAUCACUGAUAAAAUUGGAUGCGUUAGAGAAAAUGACUGAAGAAUUGGAUAGAGAGCUCGAGGAUUCGCAAAAGAUAAUGAUGGAAAUAAGAUCGGUAUACAACUCUGUGUCCACGGGGGUGAAUAACGAGGAGCCUGCCAACAGCGAGCGGCGCCAAGCAACGCUCUCGAACUUGUUGGAAGCCGGUGUUCCUCAGCUGUUGAUGCCGGACAUGGCGGUGGAGAACAUGGACAUCGACAUUGACGAGGCCAUCGCAUCCCUGAAGCGCUACGCCGAGGGGUUGAAGCAUACGCUAGUGGUGCUAGAACAGCAGCCUCCCAGGCCCACUGAGAUGGUGGAACUUAAUUUGGACCAGUAUGCUCAGAGCCUGGAUCAGCUUGGCAAACGCUUGGCCAACAUCAAACUGAAUAAGAACGAUAAUUCAAAGCUUAAAAAUGCUGACCUUGAGGCCAAGCUGCAGCAGUUAUGUGGAGAUGUUGAUAUGUUCAUGAAGCUAUUAAGUGCUAAGAAAACUUUAAGUGAGCGCAACAAGAAUUGGACAGAGAACCGACAAGAUGGCAAUGAGCUGCAAUAUGACAAUAUCAUCAAGAAGUUGAUCUCAGAUCUCAAUGAAGUCAUUUGCUUACUGCAGAACAAAGUAUAAAUCAUUGAAGUACAGUUUUAUUUUAAUGGAUCUCUAUGAAUGUUGUCUAAGCACAGCUUUUUUAGUUUUUAGGGUUUAAAACCUCUUGGCUAGGAAUUGUACUAUGUGUAUAAAUGUAUAAUCCCUUCAGAAGAUGCUAGGGAGUCUGUUCUACCACUUUUUCUUGUUAGUCAUGAAUGUGUAUGUAUUGGGGGACUGUUUUGUAAAAUUGACCUGCAGAAAGUGCAGAUUUUCAACCUACAUUCAUGACUUUCUGAUAUAAUUCAAAAAAAUUAAGCUAACUUGGAACUUCUACCUCCUUGGUCUGACCUAUAUAUUUAGUAUAUUCCUAGCCUAACACCUGUAUUCUCCUGUUUUAUGAUGCAAUCCUCAUUCAAACAGUAUUUUGUAAUGAAGCUGUGUAAUUGAGAAUGUUUUAUUAUACUAACUAAAGAGUAUGGGUGUAUUUGUUUAUUGUACUGAUAAUAUCUGCCAUAGAAGUAAAUAAAAUAGUUAGUGUGACAACUAAAUGCUAAUCAAAAAUCAAAAGAAAAAACAAGUUUUGUUUUUGUAUUUGUUGCAUGUUCUUAUGUUAUUGAGUUACUGUCUAAUUAGAUAGGUAUUCAAUAGUUCAAAAAAGGUGUUAUAUGUUUAAUGGAUUUUAAAAAUUACAAUGUUCUGGAUUGAUACAAAUUGACAUGUUAAAAAGUUAGGGUCCAGUGAGUUUUGAUUAUAAUUAUUGUGAUUUUUAUAGUAGCUUUAAGUGUAUGUAAUUAAGAUUUUAGGAUAUUGUAUGUUUUUAAACAGGGGAUGUUCCUUGUGCAUAAUCAGGCUGUAGGCCAGGGAUGGCGAACCUUUAUUGACUUGCGUGCCAAAUCAAGUAAAAAACAUAACUACAAUUAUGGAGGCGUGCCUUUAUGGCAAAUAGUUAACAUGAAACGGUAAAAGAUUAUGAAGAAGAUACUUGUCUUUGAUUCGAAAAUUUUCAUAAAAAAUUUUAACAUUAGCGCUCAGAUAUCUUAAUAAAAUAGGCUCUCUUCGGGAUAUGGGAAAUAGUUGUCAUGUGAUCUGAUUGAAUGCACGAGUAUGUGGUUAUGGUACAUAAUUUCAAUUGAAAACUUGCAAAAUAAUGGCGUGCCCAAAUUAUUUAGCUGCGUGCCACCACGGGCACGCGUGCCAUUGGUUCGCCAUCCCUGCUGUAGGCCAUAUAAUUAUCAUAGUCCGAAUAAUCUGUGAGUAAUCUCAUUACUGACCAUAUUCGCUACAAAUAUAAAACCAGUAUUUUUUGUUUUGAUAAUUUAUUUAGUUCAUCAAAAAAUUAAUUUUCUUGCAAAACUCUUAUUCAAGUCUUUUGUAACGAAAAUAAAUAUUUAUGUAGUACAGUGUUCAGUUCAUUGUGGAAUUAUGUUGUAAAUGUACAAUUUUGUAAAAAUUUCAUUAAAUAAAAAAUUGUCUUCACAUUCCAAAUUAAUAUGGUCAAAUCAUGGUUAAAAUUAAUCAUUCUGUAAGUCAGUCAAUAGAACCGAUUGUUAAUAAAGAAUUAAUAAUAAAGAAAAA